UGUGUGAGUGCGUGAGGAAGACUCGCGAGGGUGGAUCGCAGGUAAAUAAGAGAAAAUCACCCCAUUUUCCUCAAUUUUCCACCCAGUUUUUCAGUCUCAUUUGUUCUCUAACACCCAACGUACUUGUUUAACUCAUCUCUUAGUAAUUUCCCGCCGAAAUUCACCAUCAAACUGGAGAAACACCACAAAAUGGUUCGACUGAGCAAGGGGGAGCGCCAGGACAAGAGAGAACUCCUGGCGAGUCUCAAUCAAGUUGACAAUCUUGGAAGACCAAUGGACAAUGAGGCCUUCGAGAACUGCCAUGAACAUCUCGAGGGUGCUUCCAAUGAUACGGAUCUCCUCUUCCUCACCGGGCUCCUCAAUUCAACCGCUGUGACCCAACUCAUUAAAAUCCAGAAGAACUUCGACGAGGAGCCCGUUGAAGUGAUUGAGCCUGAAUUGCUGGGUGUGAGUGAUAUCCUAGCGGAAGUUGGUCAGCUCUGUGCUAGAUCGUGGAAGCCUGAGGCGCGUGAGUUGCUAAAGAUCAUUCGAAAUCCUCACGUAAAGGCCGUGUGUGAUACGCACGAUCGUGUUGGGCGAAAUCUCGAGGAGUACAGGGAGAGGCAGGAAGUGCAGCCGGUGAGGGAAAAAGUGCCAGAAGUUGAUCUGCUAAACAACGAUAUGCCAGUGGAGACGAUAAAGAUGGUGUGUCUCCGGAGGAAUCCCAGUGAACCGCUGGGAUUGACGGUGGAACUCGAUGAGCACAAACAAUUGAUGGUGGCCAGAAUUAUUGCUGGAGGCAUGAUUGAUCGCCAGGGACUGCUGAAUCCGGGCGAUGUGAUCCUGGAGGUGAAUGGGGUGCCAGUGAGCACGCCGGAGGAACUCCAGGCACAGAUAUCCGUGGCCAAAGAAUCAGUGACACUGAAGAUUGGGCCGAAUCUCGAAGAGGAGAUGAAAUCUGCCAGACUGACCAUGUCUGGUGGCCAGGUAAAGAGUGGGAGGAAUUUAGAGCCCGGGAAAAAGAUGACGUGCUACAUGAGGGCACUCUUUGACUACGAUCCUACGCAGGAUACUCUGCUGCCGUGCCAGGACAUUGGUUUGCAAUUCCAUCAUGGCGAUGUCCUGCAGAUUAUCAAUGUGAAAGAUCCCAAUUGGUGGCAGGCUAAACAUGUAGGAACAGAUGGUCCAAUUGGCCUGGUGCCGUCGCAGGAACUCGAAGAGAGACGCAAGGCCUAUGUUCAUCCAGAAGCUGAUUAUGUGCAUAAGAUCAGCAUUUGUGGCACGAGAAUCUCCAAGAAGAAGCGCAAAACAAUGUACAAGAGCAAAUCCAAUACGGAUUUUGACAAGGCCGAUCUCAUUUUCUACGAGGAAGUCACCAAAAUGCCACCAUUCCAACGAAGGACUCUGGUUUUGGUUGGUGUUCAGGGAGUCGGCAGGAGAACUCUCAAAAAUCGCCUCAUCAACAGCGAUCCCACAAAAUUUGGCACAAUUACGCCACAUACAACUCGGCCUCCUCGUGUCCUGGAGGAAAAUGGCAAGGGAUACUGGUUCAUCGAUAGGGAGGCUUUUGAGGAAGAAGUGCGCAAUAAUAACUUCCUGGAGCAUGGAGAGCACAAUGGAAACCUCUAUGGAACACAUUUGGACUCCAUUAGGGAUGUCAUCAAGCAAAAUAAAAUGUGCGUUCUGGAUUGUGCUCCGAGUGCCCUAAAGCUCCUGCACAAUAGUCAGGAGUUCAUGCCAUUUGUUGUGUUCAUCGCAGCCCCUGGAAUGGAGCAGCUCAAGCAGAUUUAUGCCGAAAGAAGAGCCACCGGAGGAUCCACCAGAAAUCUCGCGUUCGAUAGACAGAGCUCCAUUCGCUACAGUUCAAGAAGAGCCCGGACUUUGGAAUCCUUGGCAUCUCUCUACGAGGAUGAUGAUCUUAUCCAGGCGGUGGAGGAGAGCGCUUUGCUGCAGAGGAAGUAUGAGAAAUAUCUCGAUCUCACGAUUAUCAAUGAGGAUUUCGAUAUUACGUUCCGUAAAGUUAUUGAGGCACUCGAUGAAUUGGCUCAUUCACAUCAAUUUGUUCCUGUUAAUUGGAUCUACUGAGCUUCCGGAGAAUUUGGAGGAACAGAGAUAUUUUCUAGAGAUAUUGUGCAAAGUGCGGAUUCCGCAGAAAAAAAAUCGUUUAUUUUAAGUGGCAGCUUCAACGGAACGCUAUAGUUCAAAUUAGUGGCAUUUUUCUCAUCAUUUUAUUUCGUCCAGCAUUAAUCUCUCUUACGAGGCUCUCUCGGAGAGUUUUUUACCGUAUUUUUUAAGUAUUUUUGUCUCGAAUUUGUAGUUUUUUUUCUUUUGAAAAUAAAAAUUCGCUUUACAAAUUA